AUGGCCCGAGCAUUAGUAGAAAAAGCCUCUAAAUUGCAAAUGCCUGAUAAUUCUCAUAUCAGAGCCUCCUAUACAAGUACAGUAGAAGCAGGUAUUUCUUUCAAAAAAACUAAUCACUUUGAUGCUGUUAUAGGCAUUACAAAUGUUACAACUCCGGUAAAUGUCAAAGCAUUUAUCCAGAUAAUGUUUCGAAUUCAUGAUUGUUAUGAAAAUAUUCAUGCUGAGCUUAAGAGUGCUCAGCCUAAUAAUUUGUCUACAGCAAUAAGGAGGCAUCAUUAA